AUGAGGAGACGCAACACUUUGUCGCAGAUCCCUCAUUCCAGAACAGGUUUCAACACUCAAUCACAGGCCCCUGAUUCCGGAAGAGGCUCUCCCUUAGACGAACUCGCUGCGGGAGAUCAUGCGCGGAUACCUAGUGCCAUGGAAAUUGCACGUCGUGGAACAACGAACACUUUCAACGACUUACAAUCUGCCAGGCCAAGUACGCGUCUGUUGGAAGUGCCGGAAGUGGAGACCCUCGAAGUGAAGCUGGUUGCUGAUGGUGGUGGUGGUGGUGGUGGUGGUGGUGAUGAUUGUUAUGGCGACAGUUUCGAUUGUGAUGGAGAUUUCACUUUGCCUCACCCACCUGCCUGUGAGAAACGUGCAUCAUUCGCUGUGAAGAACGUGUGGGAGACUGAAGUGGAUGUAGAUUGUACAGAGAAGCUUCUGUUGAAUCCCUUUGAAGCGUCCAAGUGGAAGACGAGCCGAUAG